AUGGAGCCCGCGACCUCCCCGUACUCACCUGUAAGGCGCUCUGCCCGUAACACCGCCGGCGUGCCUGCGCCCAGCGACGACAUGGUGUACUACGGGCCUGGAACCUCCUCCCCACGCCCCAACGCUCGCCAUGCUCGUGGACCGUCGCCCUCUGCUGCGGGCGCGCGCGGCAACGACCCAGACACCGAUACGGAGUAUUUGCCGUGGGCGGACCGCCAGGAUGAGCGCCUGGACGUCGAAGACGACGAUGAGGAAGAAGACAACUGGAUGCCGGAAGAGGAACUUGUGGACGAGGAUGCGGAGGCGGAGCAGCGCGAGGUCCGCCCACUCUCCGAGGUGAUCGCUUCCUCCACGCAGGCAACGUCCAAGGAACAACGCCCCGGUGGAUGUGGCCCGACAUUGAACCGUCGUGGAACCGCUUUAGCAAAUGCAUCAGGCAACCCCGGCGCUGCCCUUGACAACGCGAUUGCCGGGCGGGUCGCGGAACAGGAACGGCACAUUCACGAGCUGAACCAGACCAUUGAGAGGCUUGAGGGGAAUCGAGCCGCUGCCGCGCGCCCCGCUUCUCCGCGUGCAACAAACCGGCCCAGCCACGCGCGUGACGCGGCUGUGGACGAGCCCGCACCGUGUCGCCAGCGCACGGCGGCGGGCCGGGUCAGCUCCCGCCAGGCAGAUGCGACGGGGGAGCCAAGGUCGCCAAUGGUGGAACGUGCGCUUGCGCGCGAGAUCCGACGGGCGAAUACGGGGGGUCGCGCCACACCCGGGAUGGUGAACUGGGCCGACCGCUUACAGGAAGCGCACGUUAUGUUUCCGUCGAUGGAUGACGGAUUCAAGGUAGACGCCGAGAUUGCUCUGCAGAUGCUUUUAUUCGAUGCUUAA